AUGACUAUAAACCAAAUGUUAUGGCUUUCCUUGCUACCCUUUUUCUUCAUAAACUUGAGCAUCAAUACCAAUAUUGUGAUUGGUCAAUGUCUUGGCCAUCAACAAGCUAUGCUUCUCCAAUUCAAAAACAACCUCAUAUUCAAUCCAACAAAGUCCAAAAAGCUAAUUUAUUGGAACCAAAGUAAUGAUUGUUGUCGCUGGACUGGAGUAGCAUGCUUCGAAGGACACGUUGUAGCUCUUGACUUGAGCCAAGAAUCUAUCUCUGGAGGGAUUGAAAAUUCAAGUAAUAUCUUCAACUUACAUUAUUUGCAAAGCUUGAAUUUAGCUUAUAAUGAAAUCCAUUCCAUGAUUCCUUUAGGGUUUCACAAACUAAAGAACUUGAGGUAUUUAAAUUUGUCAAAUGCUGGCUUUAUGGGACAAAUUCCAAUUGAGAUCUCUUACCUAACAAAGUUGGUAACUCUUGAUUUGUCUAGCACACUUACUCCACCACAUACUUUAAAACUUGAGAAUCCAAAUAUUGCUAUGUUUGUGCAGAACUUUACAGAAAUCAAAGAACUAUAUAUGGAUGGCAUAGCAAUAUCAGUGAAGAGAAAGGAGUGGAGCCAAGCUUUAUCUUCAUUACAAAAUUUACAAGUUUUGAGUAUGUCUUCAUGUAAUCUCUCCAUUUCUCUUGAUUCAUCAUUAGCAAAGCUUCAAUCUCUCUCAACACUUAGGCUAAACCAUAACAAUAUAUCAAGUCCAGUGCCAGAGUACUUGGGUAAUAUGUCUAACUUAACAACCUUGCAACUCACUGAUUGUGGGUUAGGUGGGGUUUUUCCAAGAGUUAUCUUUCAAAUACCAGCACUACAAGUGCUUGAUGUGUCCAAUAAUUUGGGUCUUCAUGGUUCUCUACCUAACCUCACAUUUCAAGGAUCUUUGCACUACUUGAACCUUAGCCAUACAAAAUUUUCAGGAUCUUUGCCACAGUCUAUUCACAAAUUUAGGCAACUAUCUAUUUUAGAUCUGUCAAAUUGCCAAUUCAGUGGGACACUGCCUAAUUCAUUGUCAGAUUUCUCCCAACUUGUUCAUCUAGACUUAUCAUUCAAUAACUUUACUGGUCCUCUUCCAUCUUUUAAUAGGUCUAAGGCCCUUAGAGUUUUAUCCUUGAAUAAUAAUGAUUUUAAUGGUACAAUUCAAUCUACUCAUUUUGAAGGCCUUGUAAAUUUAGUAAGCAUUGAUUUAGGAGAUAACUUUCUCAACGGGAGAAUCCCUUCAUCUCUAUUUACACUUCCAUCUUUGCAAGUUCUCAUGCUUUCUUACAACAAAUUUGACGAGGUAUUGGAGGAAUUUUCAAAUGCUUCUUCCUCAUUAUUAGAGAUGCUUGAUUUAAGUGGCAACUAUUUACAAGGGCCCAUUCCUUUUUCUAUCUUCCAUCUCAAAAGACUUGGUUUACUUCAGCUUUCCUCAAACAAGUUCAAUGGCACAAUACAAUUGGAUAUGAUCCAACAUCUGCCAAAGUUAACUACACUAGAUCUUGGACUCAAUAACUUGUCAAUUGAUGUAACUAAUGAGGAUGGCCAUGAUGUGUCUUCUUUUCCAAAUUUGAACAAUGUCAUGUUGGCUUCGUGCAAGCUGAGAACCAUCCCUAACUUUCUGAGAAAUCAGUCCUCAUUACUCUUCCUAGACUUAUCCAGCAAUCAGAUUGAAGGAACGAUACCAAAUUGGAUUUGGAGAUUUGAUUCUAUGAUUUACCUAAAUCUUUCUAACAAUUUUCUAACAGACUUGGAAGGGCCUUUCAAUAAUCUUAGUUCAAAUUUGUUUCUCCUUGAUCUUCACUCCAAUCUACUCCAAGGGCCUACACCUUUUUUUCCAAAAACUGCUAUCUAUUUGGACUAUUCAAAUAAUGGAUUCAACUCUAUUACCCCACCUGACAUUGGCAAUCAUCUCCCUUUUACAUAUUCUCUCUCUCUCUCAAAUAAUAAUUUUAGUGGCAAGAUCCAUGAAUCCUUUUGUAAUGCUUUAGCUCUUAGAGUGCUUGAUCUUUCCUACAACAACUUCAAUGACACAAUUCCCAAUUGUUUGAUAACAAUGAGUAACAAUCUUAGAGUAUUAAAUAUUGGUGGAAACAAGCUUGAAAACCAUAUUCCAGACACAUUCUCAACUUCAUGUGCACUAAGGUUUUUGGAUCUCAAUGGAAAUCUUUUGGAUGGUACCAUCCCAAAGUCUUUGACAAGUUGCCAGAAAUUACAAGUCUUAAACCUUGGAAACAAUUUAUUAUCUGAUAGAUUUCCUUGCUUUUUGAAGAACAUUUCCACCCUCAGUGUCAUGAUUUUAAGAUCAAAUGAAUUAUAUGGGCAUAUUGGAUGCCCUAAUAACAUUGGUAACUGGGAGAUGCUUCAAAUUGUUGAUCUAGCCUCAAACAACUUCUACGGUGUGUUACCAUCAACAUUAUUACAAAGUUGGAGAGCUUUGAUGCAUAAUGAAGAUGAAGCUGGACCAAGAUUUGCCCAUCUAUUUGUUGAUAUCUAUGAUAAUGUUGAUCCUAUUAAUUUUGAAGCCGCAUUAUCAAUUGUGAACAAUGAUCUAAAAAUGUGGUUAGCAAAACUUAUAGCAGCUGAGCCACUUUUCAUGAUCAACCACUUAAUCUCAGAUGAUGCAAAAGAGUCUGGUCCUCCUAGUUUUCAAGAUUCAGUCACAAUUGUCUACAAAGGUCAACAAUGGAAGUUGGAUAAAAUUCUCACUGCAUUCACUUGCUUGGACUUGUCAUCCAACCACUUUGAAGGGUCAAUACCAGAAGAGCUUAUGAACCUCAAAGCAUUACAUUCUCUUAACUUGUCAAAAAAUGCCUUCUCAGGUCACAUCCCUUCAUAUAUAUCCAAUCUAAUACAUCUUGAGUCCUUAGACUUGUCAAAUAACUCUUUGAGUUCAAAAAUUCCUACAGAGCUUGCAAGCUUAUCAUUCCUUUCAUACAUGAAUCUGUCUUACAAUCAUCUUGUGGGAAAAAUUCCCACUGGCACUCAAAUUCAGUCAUUUGAAGCAAAUUCAUUCUUAGGCAACGAAGGAUUAUGUGGACCUCCAUUAACCCAAAAUUGCACUAAUGAAAGAGGACAAGGGUUGUCGCCACCAAUAUCAGAAACAUCUCAUUCUCAUGCGGGAACAUCAAUUAAUUGGAAUUUCUUAAGUGCAGAAUUGGGAUGUAUGUUUGGACUAGGACUAUUCUUUCUUCCCCUUAUUGUAUGGAAGAAAUGGAGGUUAUGGUAUUGCAAGCAUGUAGAUGACAUGCUUUACAAGUUCAUCUCUCAACUUGAUUUUGUAUAUGAACAUCGGGGAGGGAAAAAGUACAGAACUUUAAGGUGGAAACCUUAUUAA